GUGUGCCCCCGAGUCAAUCAAUUACUUGAAAUUCACAUCCUGCAGCGAUAUAUGGGGAUUUGGCGUGACGUGCUGGGAAAUGUUUUCAUAUGGUUUCCAACCGUGGGCUGCUUUAACAGGAAGUCAGAUACUACAAGCAAUAGAUGCACCUAACUUCCAACGACUAGAGAAGCCAGACUGCUGUCCUGAGCAGUAUCACCAGAUUAUGCAAAGUUGCUGGGAGCAUGAUCCAAAAAGAAGACCAUCAUUUGUUGAACUAUGUGAAGAACUGCCAAAAGCCAGACCGAUGCAGAUGAAAGCAUUGACUGACUUUGCUGCUCCGAGUGCUGAAUUCCUUAGUUACAAGGAGAAUGAUGUCAUAAGUGUUUUAGCAAUGAGGACCUCUCAUAACGGACUGUGGAAGGGUGUGAUCGGGAGUGGUAGAACAGGCCUCUUCAACUCUAACAACACUGUAGCAUACGACCCUGCAGCCCCGAGUAAUAUACAACACCAGGAACAACAGCAACUUAAACAACAGCAGCAAAUUGCCAAAGCUAAGAUUUACAAAAAAGCUGAAAAGCCAAGGUCUCCAUCGAAAAUGGGGAAGAAACGCCAUCAGUUGCCGCAGAAAGUACAGACUGUCCUUGACCAGGCUGAUGUCACCCCAACAUCACCACUGAAGCGAACUUUAACGCUUCCGGCAGAAUACAUCAAGUCCCGCACCCCAGAUCUCAUAGCAGUGCCGAUACAAAUACCAAGACACGGAUCGCAGUCUAGUUUGCCCGAAUCAGAUCCAUCAAGAUGCCCCAGUAAUCUUUAUAUUGACAAAACAGAGACAAAGAAGACAGAGAAAUCUACAACACACGAGAGUGCAGCCACUGCCAAACCAGCAAGCUAUUUUGACUUUGAUGACUCAACGAAAGCAUCCAACAAAACCGAUGUACAUGAGAUG